UCAUAUUUAAAUACAAGAAAUGAUAUACAAACUUUUUUUAUAAGUUUUGUAAAUAAUCCAUCCGUAUUUGCAUAUUCAUCGAUAUUGAUGUAUAUUUUAAUGAUUUUCUAAUAAUAAAUAUGACUUUAAAAUAAAAAAUUAUUUCUUCUUAUAGUAUUUAAAAAACUUGUAAAAGAAAGUUUCAAUAUGUCAUUUUAAUCCAACUUUAAUGGCCGAGAGGUCAUACACCUCAUCCUGUCUUAUCGUGCAUUAAAUUACAUGCUUACUAGCACUUCCAAUAUUCGUACGAACGCCAUACACACAAGAAUCACAAUAUGAUUUAUUACCAUGCCCGACGCAGGCGCAACCCUUGCGAUUCAACAACAGAUAAAGCAACGUUAUGGUAGCCGGAACUGCCAGUCGCUAUGCGCUUACCAUACUGCGUUAAACGUUUUUGUUUCUUUUCACACCAAUUAGUACUUUAAAUCCGCUUGUAAUUAAAUCUGCGAUUUGAUAGUUUAAUGAACAAGAGUGAUUAAAAACAAUCGCUAUUUUCGUGCAUGGCUAUGAGAUGGAUGAGAAGCACGUGAACAUUUUCAAAAAAAUGGAUGUAAGCUCGUUGGUUCCGGCGGGACUUCAAGCAGCACAGACAGAUCCGUGCGAGGUUCAAGCGGGAUAUAAUAAAUUUUCCGAAAAUUUGCGAAGAUUCACGCCGCAAGCUAUACAGUGCGCUAUUUUUUGCGGCGGAUCCAGGUGCAAAUAUGAGAAUCCAAAAGCCUGGCCAUCUGUCCACAUGGCAAUACAGAACAUCUUUUCGCAUUGGGUAACUGACGACGUCCUUGCGAUGGCACGACCCAACACCGCGCUCAUAAUAAAAAAAGACAUAAUUGCCCAAUUCCAAGGGUGGAGCAUAAAAACUAUAAUAAACUUGCAAACACCAGGCGAACACGCGAGUUGCGGUGGUCCAUUAGAAGAGAGCGGUUUCACUUAUGAUCCUAACAUUUUUAUGAAAAACAAUAUUUAUUAUUACAAUUUCGCCCUGAAGGAUUAUGGUAGCGCCACGAUGGGAAAACUUUUGGACAUGGUCAAGGUUGUGGCUUUUGCCGUGCAAGAAGGAAGAGUGGCCAUUCACUGUCAUGCCGGUCUUGGAAGAACCGGCGUUUUGAUAGCAUGCUACCUUAUUUAUAGUCUUCGUGUAAGAGCAAACGACGCCAUAAGAUUUGUCCGCAUGAAGCGUCCGUCCGCCAUACAAACGCGCGGGCAAAUACUUUGCAUUCAGGAAUUUGAGCACUUUGUGCUUCCGCAAAUGAUAGUAUUCCCUUUGCACAGUACAACGGGGGAUCGCAAACCCUAUAGCCUUCAAUCGUACCUGAAAAAGCAACACAAUAUACUACAUGGAUACGAGCAACGCACCUUUAAACAUAUUCCAAAGAUCGUUUUUAUUAUUUGCGAACGAAUACUACAGCUCUGCGAUUGUCAAGAAGACAAUUCACCUUCCGAGAUUACAUAUACGGUUUCCAACGUGCCUUUUACGCAAAAGUUCAUCUGCCACGUAUUGGAGAAAUUCCGUGACGGCAAGGGUAAUAUGCGGCACUCCUAUUCGUGGGCGGAAUCCCUUACGGACUCAUCCUAUGAAUACUCAACUUCCACAAAAGCGUGCAAUAGUAGUCAAGGGUCGUCCCGAGAUACCUGCGACGAUAUAGGAAGAUUAAGCGACGUAUUUUGCAUGUCACCCGAUACUCCUUCCUGCGACUCCACAUUUCCAGGUCUGGACGACGAUUACGUGGAUGAUGUCCUAGGCGACGGUAUUCAUGAUCAGGACCUGCUUGAUAAUGAUUGUUACAAAGAAAUCCAGUCACACAUGGAUUUAAGAAGCGUUUCCCGCAAUGAUUACGAAACGGUGACGGCCGAACAAGCUAUCAAAGCGCUCAUCAAAGAUACCGCUUCACUUCCUGAUCCCAUAAAGAAACGUUUGCAGGACUAUCAGAGUGACUUGAAUCAUCGAUGUACUGCUUGGCAGCGAUUAGAAUUGGAAACUAAUUUGGAGAUAUUAUCAGCAUUGCUAUUUGAAUGGCUGGAAGGUCUUAAGCAUCCGCUUCUUGACGUUGAUAGUCUCAGUUAUAUUGUCGUGUGGAGUUCAAAGCCACAGCGAUGCCUUGGGAAGCUGUCCAUCUGUACAAGAUACUUAUUAGAAUAUCUUCUACGGUUCAUUACCCGUUUAAGACCUGUAACAGCUGAAAGUCAGAGUUUAAUUACCAAAAGAUUAAUGGCAGCACUAACACAACAAACAAUUUGGAUCAAGAAUUCUUUUCAUCCUCCAAGUAAACAUUUCCAGAAGCUACGGCGUGGCACCGCUGGUAAGCUCAACGAGUUCUUUGUUCGUUUGAUGAACUUGAUAAAAGAAGUUAACACUCAAGGAUUGGACAAGCCUCCGUGGGCGUCGAAGUGGGAAUUGUUAUCUAGUCAUUUGCGAGAUUUAGAUAGCCAAAAGAACAAGAUGGAUGAGUGUGAUAAAUUUACAGUUUAACAUUCCGACAAUUUUUUUAAUUGCCAACAAUAUACAUAUAGGCCUCUAGUUUCUCGUUUUUUCAUCAGGUAUGAACAAAACAGAUAAUUUAUAAAUCAUACAAGUUGUUUGUAAUUAUAAUU